AGCCAAAAUCUAGGUGAUUCUUAAAGUACCCCACAUAAACCCUAAUCAAAUUAUCGCUGCACGAAAAUACCGUCUUGUUUCUGAAUCACUGCAUUAUUUUCUUAAUCGAUUUAAAUUCCCCAAUCACUGCCGGAGAAGUAUUAACCGAAGCAGAUGAUGGCGCUUUCCGAACUCAACGACGACAUCGUUCGCAGCAUGUCAGUUGGAGCUGUCUUCUCUGAUUUUGGUGGGAAAAUUAAUUCGCUUGAUUUCCAUCGAACGGCUGAUCUUUUGGUAACAGCAAGUGAUGAUGAUUCGGUGCGACUCUAUGACAUUGCUAGUGCUAAAUUGCUGAAGACCACGUAUCAUAAGAAACAUGGGGCCGACAGGAUAUGUUUCACUCAUCACCCAAGUUCGGUUAUAUGUUCUUCAAAGCACAAUUUGGAUGCCCAUGGAGAGUGUUUGAGGUAUCUAUCUAUGUAUGACAAUAGAUGCCUUCGAUACUUUAAGGGGCACAAAGAAAGGGUGGUGUCCCUGUGCAUGUCUCCAGUGAAUGACGGAUUCAUGUCUGGUUCUCUAGAUCACAGUGUCAGGAUGUGGGAUCUUCGUGUAAACGCCUGUCAGGGGAUCUUACAUCUGCGAGGUAGGCCUACAGUUGCUUAUGAUCAACAAGGUCUGGUCUUUGCAGUGGCAAUGGAAGGAGGUGCAAUCAAAUUAUUCGAUUCUAGAUCAUAUGACAAGGGUCCCUUUGACACUUUCCUAGUUGGCGGCGAUACAGCUGAGGUCUGUGAUAUUAAGUUCAGCAAUGAUGGUAAAUCAAUGCUUUUGACAACAACAAACAACCAUGUUUAUCUACUUGAUGCUUAUAAUGGAGAGAAGAGGAGUGGAUUUAGUAUGGAUUCUUCCCCAAAUGCAACCAUAGAGGCAACUUUCACGCCGGAUGGCCAAUAUGUGCUCUCUGGUUCAGGUGAUGGAAACAUACAUACGUGGAACAUCAGUAAUGAGCCAAAUAAGGUGGCGUGUAUGGAUAGUUACAUCGGCGUACCGUCGUGCCUAAAAUGGGCUCCUCGCCGAGUGAUGUUUGCGGCUGCUGCCUCUUCAGUUCUAACCUUCUGGAUUCCUAACGACGCCAAGCCUGCCCCUGAAUCCUGAUGUCUGCCUCAAUUCAUCACAUGAAUUACUACUUUUUCUUUCUUUCCCUUUUCCUUUUCUUGCUAUGAAACCCACAGGGGACUUUCUUUAUCUUUUCGUUAAUUUAAAUGUUGGAAUUGGCAUUA